AUGUCGCUAUUCCUGAAGUUUUCAAAGUUAAGCAGGCCGUUAACCUCAAGGCGGGUUCACAGCGCUGCGAACCCAGAAGGGGGUUUCAGGAGGGCAUGGGCUUUAAUUGGCAGGCCAUUGCGAUGGAUCUACUGGCUUCCGCUUGGCCUCGGCUUCACACAGUACUUCUACACUCUGAAAACGAUCAGAGGAAGGAGCAUGCAGCCAACUUUAAAUCCGGAUACCUCAAGUUGGGAUGAUAUUGUUGUUUUUGACAGAUAUUCUAUCAACUCUGGAGAGCCUAUUCGAAAAGGCGACGUUGUGGCACUUCGGGAUCCAUUGGAUAGUAGAAAAAUGAUCGUGAAGCGAAUCGUAGCUGGGGCAGGGGAUGUUGUUAAGACCCUGCCUCCAUAUCCAGAUGCCGAAGUUUUUGUCCCCGAAGGUCAUGUUUGGGUGGAGGGUGACGAACCUUUCAGGACUCUGGAUAGCAAUAAAUUUGGCCCAGUCCCCCUUGCUCUUUUAGACUCCAAGUUGAUGUAUAUCGUCUGGCCAUUGGAUCGUAUAGGGCCUCUGCGUCCACCUAUUUCCCCAAUCUCCAAGAGAGGUGCUUCCCGAGAUUUUCGAUGGUAUAGCGACAUGGCAGCCUUCGAACGAGAGCAACGUAGGCAGUCGAGGGUAACUACACGCUCGACGACGACGUCUCACUCGUAA